AAUGACUAAGUAGAUGUAAUGCAAUGAAGAAAUCGAUAUUCUGGAUUGUCAUAUUCACAUCGUUGUUGGCACUUGCAUCAUGCAGUUCAGAUGGAGAGAAAAGUGCUGACAAAGGCUCUAAUGACUGUCCAGGCACCGCUGAUGAUAAAUCUGAACACAAAGAUAAGGAACAUCAUGGAAUCUCUAUUGUGAGUUUGAACAUUGAAAUGGUGAAAACUCCUUUGGUUUUAGUGAUAUGGGUUUUGCUAGCCGUUGGAGUCAAGGUUAUUUACCAUACAGUGGAGAAGUUUGCAAAAUUUUGCCCUGAGUCUUGUGUAUUGAUAAUAUUUGGAUUGCUAGCUGGUCUCAUUCUGAAAGAAAUAGUCAGUGAAGAUAAUAUGUUGAUUUCAUUUGACUCAACCACAUUCUUCCUGUAUUUGCUGCCACCUAUAGUGUUGGAUGCUGGCUGGUGUAUGCCUCCUCGACAUUUCUUUGACAACAUUGGAUUGAUCUUGUCAUUUGCUAUAUUUGGAACAUUGAUUAACUCCUUUGGGAUUGGCCUAGGUCUUCACUAUUUGAUUCAAGCAGGAGCAAUUGAUGUUACAAACGCAGCACAUAAUCCAAAUGGAACAGAUGUGGAUCAGACAAUUGACUUACCUGGAUGUUUGCUGUUUGGAUCUCUGAUUGCUGCCGUGGACCCAGUUGCAGUGCUGGCUGUUUUUGACUCUGUCCAUGUCAAUGAGGUAUUGCACAUUAUUGUUGAAGGUGAAUCUCUUCUCAAUGAUGCUGUGUCAGUGGUUUUAUAUAGAAUUAUGACGGUUGUUGUUGGAACCGAAGGUGGGUUAGAGACCAAAGAAUAUGGAGUUGGCCUCAUAGCAUUUCUGGUAAUUAGUGGAGGAGGAACAUUGAUAGGACUGGUAUACGCAAUCAUAACAUCGCUCUUUACCAGAGUUUUAACUCAUGUGAGAGUUGUUGAGCCUCUAGUGGUAUUCUUCUUUGCAUAUUUGUCAUACAUUACAGCUGAAUUGUUCCAUUGGUCAGGUAUUUUGGCUAUAAUCUUUUGUGGCUUUGGUAUGAAGCGCUAUGUAGAAGAGAAUAUAAGCAGAAAAUCCCACACAACCAUCAAAUACUUUAUGAAGAUGCUGGCUGUUAUAUCAGAAUCUGUGAUCUUCAUGUUCUUGGGGCUUGGUAUGGUGACUGCAGACUUUGAUAUCAACUGGGCUUUCAUAGGGUGGUCAAUAAUUCUGUGUCUUGUAAUCAGAUCAUUUGUUGUGGUGUCAUUUGUUGCCAUAUCAAACAGGUUCCGGAUUCAGAAGAUUGCUAAAGUCGAUCAGUUUAUUAUGGUUUAUGGUGGUCUUCGUGGCGCGAUAUCAUUUUCACUUGCAUUCAUUUUAUCUGAGGGUCUGCCAUGGAAGAAUCUGGUUAUAACCACUACAUAUGCUGUUAUCUUUUUCACCGUGUUCAUCCAAGGCAUUACCAUUGGUCCUCUUGUAAAACUGCUUCAUGUCAGAACACACGAAAAGAAAAAGCCCACUUUGAAUGAGGAGAUCAUUGAACACAUUAUGGCACAUGUGAUGUGGGGUUUCGAGGAGGUAGUAGGAAAACACGGUGAAAACUACUACAGGCAGUGGUUUGAUCACAUUGACAACACCUACCUCAUGAGAUGGUUUACAAACAAAAAGCUUGACAAACAUGCUAAACACGGUGAUGCAGUGGAUAUUCUUGCUGUGUUUCACAACUUGGAGAAGAAGGACGCAAUGGAACUUGCAGAUAGAAAUGACGUCUUCGACAACUUACAUGGUAGAGCCUCUAAAUCUGAUGAAACAUUCGCUGUUGCAAACGUAGUGAAAGCUCCCCAACUUCCCUGUGUUGACGAGUCGGUAGCUCUUGCUGAUCCUAAUGUUAAGUAUCAGAAGUUAGACACUUCAAUUAGUAUGGAUGCAGACGAAGAUCACUUCAAUGACAUCAAGGACCGGACGUUUGCUGCCAUGAAGCUGAACGCUCGUCCUGCACCUAAGACAAGACAUCGCAGAAACCGGCUUACUCAUGCUGUAGAAGACCAUGAUAUCGACCACUUUGGUACACUCUCUGAAGUACCAAUAAUUUUACCAGAUUCUCACCACAGCAUGCCUUACCAUCAACAAGCCCCUAUGGAAAAGCCGCACCACCAUCAUCAUCAGAGAAGACAUCAUAAAGAUCAUCACGGCCACAAAAAGAGUUCGAAAAGUGGUAAUGGUCAUCACCAUGGUGACAGGAAGCAUCACCACCGGCAUCACCGCAAGCAUGAAGGCACUGAUGACCAUCUCUCUGAUCCAGGAAAUUCCGAACAAGCUAAUGUCGAAGAAGGAGUUUCUCAGAACGAGCCUGAUAACAAUGAAACAACAAGUCAACCACCAGCUUUAGACAGCGGACCUGAAGCGCUUGAUAAGCCAGAUGAGGUGCAAAUGUAUGAUUUCGGAAACACGAUGCCUGAGGUUGACCCUCGGGGCCAUCCUGACGAGAACAUUUAAAUUGUUGUGGACAUUUAAGUUGGUAUAUUUGAUAUAAUUAAUUCGAUCUAUCUGCAGUCAAAAUCUCAACAUGCAGUCAUCAGAAACUUAUGUAUUUCUAUCAACUUAAAUUUAAUACCUUUCAAUAUUGAAUACUAUUUCGAUUUGAAUCUUGUCCAAGUUGGGAUUUGAUUGCAGUGCGAUAUUUUAGCGAAGAAUUUUAGUCACUUAGGCAUGAUGUUAAAGGUUGCUUGUUGGGUAAUACGUUUAAUGACAUCCAAUAAUAUGUCAUCAUGCUUACGUUUGACUGUAACCUUAAUCCUCAUACAGAAUAAAAGCCUGCUAUGCUUGUGACAAUAAAAUUCGAGUUUGUUUUCAGUUUUAUCUUAAUCUGGGAGUUGCUUUAUUGAAAAUAUUAUUCUGAAUUCGAUUAGCAGAUUAAAUUGAUAAUUAUACAUGAUUUUAGGGAUGAUAUGGUAGUUUUGCUCGAUUUUUAUUGUAUUCACCAUUAAAUUUAAUUUUAGAUGAUGUGAGAAUAGUUUGAUUUGUUUGAUUAGAUUCGAACCAAUAUAAAUACUAAAAUACUUGUUAAAUGAGUGUUUAACCUAUCAUCAAUAAUGCAUGCUCUUCCAAAUUACCUCACAAUUCAAUAUUCACCAGGACUCAAGGACUGUUUUCUAACAUACAGCACCUGUUUUUAACAGCAGGGAAAGUUAAACUGAAAAAAUGUAAACUCAACUAAUUAUUGAUGUUAGGAAUCCCCGCUGAGUAUGUUGUUUUAAAUUAUAAUUGCAGAUAUUGUUUUAUCAACUGAUUAUUCGACAGA